GCCCGGGGGCCCAGGAUGGCCUGCCGCUCCUGCGUAGUUGGCUUCAGCAGCCUUAGCAGCUGUGAGGUGACCCCUGCAGGCGGCCCCCAGCCUGGGACCUUGAAAUGGGACAGCUGUGGGACCCCUCGGCCAGGCUUCAGCUCCUGCAGCCUCACAGGCUGCUGGCCAGCUGGCACCAUUCCCAAAGUGACCGUGAACCCCAGCCUGCUGAUGCCCCUAGACUUCAAGGUGGACCCAGCUAUCCAGCAGCAGAAGAACCAGGAAAAGGAGGAGAUGAAGGUCCUCAAUGAUAAAUUUGCAUCCCUGAUUGGCAAGGUGCAGGCCCUGGAACAGCGUAACCAGCUGCUGGAGACCCGCUGGAGCUUCCUGCAGGGCCAGGGCUCGACUGCCUUUGACCUUGGGCACGUCUAUGAGAAGUAUCAGGCCCGGCUGCAGGAGGAACUGCACAAAGUGAGCCAGGAGCGGGGACAGCUGGAAUCCAACUUGCUGCAGGUGCUCGAGAAGGUGGAGGAGUUUCGAAUAAGGUAUGAAGACGAGAUCUCCAAGCGCACAGACAUGGAGUUUACCUUUGUCCAGCUAAAAAAGGACUUGGAUGCAGAGUGUCUUCGUCGGACCGAACUGGAGACCAAGUUAAAAGGCCUGCAGAGCUUCGUGGAGCUGAUGAAAACCAUCUAUGAGCAGGAGCUCAAGGACCUGGCAGUUCAAGUGAAGGACGUGUCGGUGACCAUGGGCGUAGACAGCCGCUGCCACAUCGACCUGAGUGGCAUCGUGGAGGAGGUGAAGGCCCAGUAUGACGCCAUCGCAGCUCGAAGCCUAGAGGAGGCCGAGGCAUACUCCCGGAGCCAGCUGGAGGAGCGGGCUGCCUGCUCAGCUGAGUUUGGGAACAGCCUCCACAGCAGCCGCAGUGAGAUCGCGGACCUCAACGUGCGCAUCCAGAAGCUGCGAUCCCAGAUCCUCUCCAUCAAGAGCCACUGCCUGAAACUGGAGGAGAACAUCAAGGAGGCCGAGGAGCAGGGUGAGCUGGCUUUCCAGGACGCCAAGGCCAAACUGGCCCAGCUGGAGGACGCCCUGCAGCAGGCCAAGAAGGACAUGGCACGGCAGCUGCGCCAGUACCAGGAGCUCAUGAACACCAAGCUGGCCCUGGACAUUGAGAUCGCCACCUACUGCAAGCUGGUGGAGGGCGAGGAGAGCCGGAUGGACUUGCCUUCAGCCGCCAUGGUCAGCACUAUGCAGUCCAGAUCUAGAAGCGUUGCUUCCAAGUCCCGCCUCACAAGCGCCCCCUCCCGGAAGAAGAAGAACCGCAGAGGCCCUGUAAUCAAAAUCACCGAAAUGUCAGAGAAGCUCUUCUUGCAGGAGUCGGAGGCCUCAGAGUGAGGCAGCUGGACCCCAGGGGCCCCACGUCACUCCACUGCAGCAAGAGGCAUGUAAGCUAGACUCAAGAAAGCAACUUGGGGCCUCCAGGUUGGGAGGGGAGGCAAACCUGGUCCUGAACUGAAAGUUCAAAACAAUGACUUUUUUGUGGGUGCCAGGGGUGGGACAGGACUGUCACCAGCUGUUCAGAGUCAUUCCACUCCAUAUCAAUAUGUCACAAUCCCACCCUUCCAACCUUGUGGCCAGUGGUUUCCCAACUGGGUAAACUGGAUUUGGGGUCAGUUUGUCUCCACCUCCUUGCUUUUCUGAGACUCCUCCCCAGCAGAGGGCUCUGAACAAGGUCCCUUGGACCCUUUUGCCCAACCCUAGCUCUAAACUCAUAUCUCAAGCCUUGCCUUGCCUGUGCCUUGGCACCGAGGCCAGUGCCCUGGCUUGCCCAGCCCCAGCCAGCAAUGGACCAGGGGCUGAUGGGGACUACUUGGGCCCCUCCCCGUAUCUGGAGGGGGGCGAGGUGCUGAGGGUCCCUGGCUUUCCUGUACCACCUGGGCUCCCCAGAGACCUGACAGUAUUAGCGAGCGAGGGAAAGAGGCUCCCCGUGGGUGUUUAAGACCUGACCUGGAUCUCUGAGAUCAACCCAGACACCUGUGCUCCCUCCCUCCUCCUGGGGGCUCCUCCUAGCAGGUCACAGUCAGAAUUAGACCGGCUGCCCAACCAGCAACAAGCACCUUCUCCAGAAGCUAUUCUUGCCAUGAAAAAUUCCCUUGGGGAAAGGCCGGAUGGCAGUCUGAGACCAGGCAGGAGAAUCAUACCCUCCCUUCUCCUCCCUGCCAUCCUGGGGUUCACCACCCUCCAGGGGAUCUCAGCUCCCUGCCCCCGUCUAGGUGUUUCCCAGCCUGAAACCUGACUUUGGUGUACCAGGCCCUGGAGACCCCUAGCCCCAACCCUGCCAUGAAACCCCAGCCCAUUUCCCAUGAAUCCCUUCUCAGGGUCUCUGUUCUCCCCAUCAGGCCAAACAGCUUGGCCCUGCUCUCCUUUGCGUUCAUUCAUUGAGGAGCCCAGAAACACCCCACGUGUGGGGUUAUAGCUCCUGCUUUUCUUCCCCCUCUGCCCUCCUCCCUCCUUGCCCACUCCCCUGCCUACAGCGGGGCCAUGAAGAAGACAUGGUCCAGGCAAGUCUGAGAGCUUCUGAGCCCUUGAGGUCAGGCUGGGGAGCCCCUGUGACAACCAAAGAGAAAUUCUGCAUCCAAAAAGAUUUGAGGCUGAGAGAACCGCUCUUCUUUUUUCCUCUGGGCUCUUACUUUGGGGCUUGCAGGGGGAUCCUGACAGCUCUAGCCUCUCACUGCAUAAGCCACCUCCUCUCCUUCACUCUUUUCUCCCUGCCUGCUCCUUGCUGCCCCUCCUCUUCUGGCCCCAGCCUUUGAUUCAUUCAUCUCCUUUUCCAAGAGGCGUUGCCUCCCCCCCUUCCCCCCCCCCCAUAGGCCUCAAGGUCCUCCUGGCCUGUGGGGGACUUCUCAGGCUGCAGGGAAUUCAGACAUAUAUAUACUCAGCCCUGAAGUCCCAGAAGGGUGCUAAUUGCUGCUUUUUCUCUGCCUAUUUAUUGGUUUCCAAGGGAGCAAGUCCUCAGUGGGGAUACAAGAUAUAUAAAAUAUAUAUAUUAUUUUUCAUAACUUAUGUGGCUUUUAACUUAUUGCUUCCCUUCCUGUUUCUGCAUAAUCAGUGUAACAUACUAUAGUAACUGGAUAGACAACACAUAUCCCAGCCACCCAACUUGACUGGCUGACUCUUUGGGGGCAAGGCCCCUUCUCC